AUGGCAGCAGCGGACACAAGCCAUGUGAAGACUGCAAGGGACGGCUAUGAACCUGUGACCAGGGAUAGCCUCAAGGCCAGGAAGGAAGCUGAAGCAGUAGUUGUCGACAUUGGCACAGGUUAUUUUAAGUGUGGCUUUGCAGGAGACCCAGGCCCUUCCUGCAUUGUUUCAUCUACGGUUGGUAAGCCCACGCAGGGGACUGGGAGUGAUCAAAAAGAAACCUUUGUUGGAAAAGAGAUUCAGAAUAGCAUCUUACCCUUAACACUUGUCAACCCAGUAAGACAUGGCAUAGUGGUGGACUGGAACUGUGUCCAAGAUACUUUGGACCAUAUUUUGCAGACGGAGAUGAAGAUUCAGCCAGAGGAGCACACUGUUCUGGUAUCACUGCCUCCCCUGUGUUCCAUCACUGAGAAAGAGAGAUGUGCUGAGAUUAUGUUUGAAGGACUUCACCUGCCUGCUAUCCACAUUGCCUGCCAGUCCCAUUUAUCCAUGUACUCCUAUGGAAAAACCUCAGCCCUUGUGGUGGAAAGUGGCCAUGGUGCUUCACAUGUGGUUCCCAUCUAUCAAGGUUAUGUUAUACGUAGCACCACUGGGAGAGUAGAUUAUGCUGGUUUGGACAUCACAUGUUAUCUCAUGAAGUUACUAAAUGAGUCUGGAUAUGCGUUCACAGAACACCAGCUAAGCAUGGUACAAUAUCUCAAAGAGAAGUGUUGUUACACUUCUCUGGACUUCAGACAGGACUCAAGUUUGCCUGUUCAGCAACAGCAAAUGGAUUAUGAGCUGCCAGAUGGACACCUUGUCACCAUGGGCAAGGAGAGAUUCCUUUGUGCCGAAGCGCUCUUCAAACCAGCCCUACUUGGCUCACAGCAGCCAGGGCUUUUGCAGCUGACACUCAGCUGUCUCCACAAGUGUCCUGCCAAUCUCAAGAAAGAAAUGGUGGGGAAUAUCCUGCUAUGUGGGGGCAGCACGAUGAUGGAGAACUUUGCUGACCGCUUCCACAUGGAACUGGCCAGAUUGUGCCCCACUGACAACUUUGUCAUAGCCGCAUCCCCUCAAAGAAGGUCUUCUGUCUGGAUUGGUGGGUCUAUUCUGGCCUCACUCCAUGCUUUCCAGGAGCUCUGGAUUUACAGGAGUGAGUAUGAAGAAUGUGGUCCUCCCUGCAUUUUUAAGAAGUGCUUCUGA